AUGGACACUCGCGGUGUGGAGCCAGGUGUCCAACUGAGUGACCUCGCCUCAGCUGCACAGUCGCGAAAGGCAGUCGAUGCGCUGACAGCCGGAGACGACGCUUCUGUCCCCGAGCGGCCGUCCACGCCUUCUCCGGGGCUAGCGUCGGGUGAAAAGGCGGGAAAGAAGGAGUCUGAAGCACCGCCUAUUCGCCCGUCGAUGGUCUCUCAUAACUAUCGACAACUCACUGUCAACCGCCACCUGGCCGCAGUCGUUGCUGGCAGCGUCGCGGGGAUCUUUGGGCUCGAGGGCCUCCCAGGCAAGUCCUCUCUUCAUCGCUCGUGCCGUCUGCGACCUCUGUACACAGAUCAGGCUUUUUGCGACUGCUUGGCUUUUUCCUGUCGUUAUCUGGGCCCCCAGGGCCAAAACAGUCUUCCAGUCAACGUCUGCCUCUUUGUCUUCGUCUUGGUCACGCUGCUCGGAGGCUGCCUCAUGGUCGUUGAGACCGGCUUCCAAUGCAAGUUGUUCUUCGCCAACACAACAGAUGUCUUCUUCGCUCAGUUCUUCACAGCAGCUCUGACGUUCAUCCUCAUAUGGACCCUGGUCUACAACAUCGUGUACAUCUUCUAG